AUACCCUCUCCCUUCUCUUACCUCUCGCCAAACAAACAUCAAACGUUGUGUCUGUAGUCGAAGUGGAGUGGGCAGAUGGUGCAUAAGACUGUUACGGAAAGAAUUUGAGCCUGUGGUACAGCUAAUGUUAAUUGUUUAAUAUAUGAAAGACUGUUGAAUUUGCUGUAUGAUUCGUAUGAAGUUUCCUAAUUACGGGAAUGGGUGCAUCCUAGCCAUGAACGUCUUGUAUCUAUGAAAGUAUAGUGGUCUGUAUGGGCAACUGUACUAAAGGAGCCUAACGCUGGGUGCAACGAAGGAGUUCACCAUCAGACUCUUCAACUUUGAAGCCCCAGCACGUCACCAUGCGUCGAGAAAGUGGUCACCAGCCAACUCGUCCAACACUGUUGAAGCGGAAGCGGGUACAUUCAGAAGUUGAGGACACAGAGAACAACCCUCCCAUACAGGAUGCAGGCACUCAGCAAGUUGCAGACCAGAACUGGAUAAUGGCAAAUGAGGUAGCACAGGAAACUGACACUUGUUCAUCUGGCCCUCUGAGUGACUGUAUGUCAAGCAGUGAACAUGAAUCAGAUACAGAUCAUCUUCCAGAACACAGAACACCGACUUCUUGGAGCCAGUUUCGAGAAAUGACGUGUCCUCUUACUCCUUUUUCUGAUCGUGUGUCUCCACUUCCUGUGCUGAAAUGGGCCAAUCCUCAAGAGGUUUGGGAGCUCAUGUGUCACAAAGACGAGAUUUCCGCACAAGAACGUGAUGAGGACUUGUUUUCCAAACAUCCUGGUCUCCAGCCACGCAUGAGGGCUAUUCUCCUAGAUUGGCUUAUAGAAGUGUGUGAGGUGUACAAGAUGCAUAGAGAAACAUACCACUUGACGAUGGACUUCAUCGAUCGGUAUUUGUCUCAUAAGAGAGAUGUACCAAAACAGCAUCUUCAGCUCAUAGGAAUAACUUGUCUCUUCAUAGCUGCCAAAGUUGAAGAAAUAUAUCCUCCCAAAAUAGCAGAAUUUGCUUUCGUAACUGAUGGUGCCUGUUCAGAGAAUGAAAUCCUUGACAUGGAACUAAUCAUACUAAAGACAUUAAAUUGGAACCUGUCGCCUGUGACAGUGAACGGCUGGCUCAGUAUGUACAUGCAGCUGUGUUGCGACAGUCGGAAAAGGGCGCGGCAAGCCGAACGUCUCGGCCGACCCGACCCUAGCUUUGUAUUCCCUCAGUAUUCUGGAUUGGCAUUUGUUCAGACUGCUCAACUGGUUGACCUCUGUAUGCUGGAUGAAGGCAGCUUGAAGUUUCCUUAUAGUGUGUUGGCAGCCACUGCCCUGUAUCACAUGUUCAGUAGGGAACUCGCUCUCUUUGUAUCAGGUUUACAAUGGGGGGACAUAGUAACUUGUGUCCAGUGGAUGGCUGCAUUUGUACACGUUGUUCGAGAGGAAGGUCAAACUCAAGUGACAGCUGCUGUUAGGCAAGGCACAGCUACCAGUGAUGCCAAUAACAGUUCUGGAUUGCUAAAAUCUAUGCCUCAUGUUGUUGUGGACGACUCUCAUAACAUACAAACUCAUGUAGUAGACCUCCAAAUGCUGGAUAAGGCAAAAGCACAUGUGAAUCAGAUGUCUAUAGAAGAAAGUCCAUCAGCAGUGGCACCAUCAGCAGGGCUCCUCACCCCACCACCUUCCAGUAGGAAGAGCAUAUCAGAUCACAAGAUUACAUUAGCGGGAAGUCUUACAUAGGCAGAUGUAUUCUGUGAUAGGUUAAAGUGUCAUAAGUACAAUGAGGGGCACAUUGGUACCGAAAAUGCAAGGUGUUGGGAUUUAGGACAUAUCAUUUUGCACGUAUUAUCAUCCCUAGCUCUAACAGUGUAGUGUAGCUAUUAACAUCAUAGCUGAUGUGUAAAUGUAGGUUGUACAGGUUGGAACACAUGUUUUAUGUGUGUGCGUUCCCAUCCGACUUUAGGGACUUUUGUUUAUCCCUUGAAGAAAGCAAACUUUUGAAGUAUAUGACAUACUAAAGUUCAAUGAUUGGAAUGAAGAUGAAUGUGCCAAUUUUAUAACAUUGCAAAUACAGCCCCUGAUUGUCAAAACCAAUGAAUGUUAUUAAAAAAUGAGAGGAAAACAUUUAAUAAUGUAGGUGUAAGAAACCAAAACAUUUAUUUUACAACUUAAAAGUUUACAUUGUUGUCAUUCGUUUUUUUAAUGUAAUUUUGUAUGUAAGGGUUUUUAUAUUUUAAGCGUAUUGUAUUGCCAUGAAGUUGCGUGGAUUACGAUUCACAUAACUGUGCCUAUACCACAUAUGAGUAUAACAGUGGCGAACAGUGCCAAGGAAGCGCUUUUUAAUUCUAGUCUCCUAACCACAACCAUAACUUUUGCAAGCUUAAAUUGAUGGAUAAAUAACAUUUUGAUAACUGCAAAGGAUUUGAAAGAUAUUUUUCCUGUUAAUUUUGGCUUGGCAGAGAGCAAAACUUGUGGGCAGGUCUUUACCAUAAUACACUCUCCAUAAUACAUAAUACGUUGUCCAAUAAUUCUAGACAUUUCUACAGAUACAGCUUGCUAUAGAGAUGUCAUUUCCACUAAUAAACGUGGUGGUAGUAUAAUUAAUUUCUGGUAGAAAAGUUUGAAUGGUGAUUUGUUAGAAAUUCAGUAUGUGGAAUGCAUAUUGAAGGUUUUCAUUCAGUUUUAGAUGAAAAUGGAAGACUGAAGGGCAUGCUCCAUGUUUUAGAGACUCUAAGAUACAGUGAAUAAAAUAGAAUAAUCUUAACAAUCUCCAGUGCUCUGAUAAUCACUGACACAUAAAAAUUUGCUUGGUAAAUACAUGUGCCUUUAUAAGCAUAUUUCAUAUUCAAAAAUAUUAUCCUGAUUUCAAUCUAUUGAUUAUUUAUUUGGUGUGAUACUUUUGAUCAUAUCUAAUUGUCUUAUGGCAUUUAAAAUUUGAUUUAUUGAAGGUUUGUUAAAAACAAAGUGACAACAGUAUAUUUCACUUCUGGAGAAAUCUUUUAUUGUUUUUAUUUGUCAUCCUUAUUACUGUAUUGGAGGGGGGGGGGGUGAAAAAAACUGGUCACUUCAGUGACUAAUGAAAUGAGUACAAGAAAAAAAUUAACUAUUUCAAAAUGGCUCUAUGGUAAACCUCAUGUCCCUUGGGAUAUUUGUGCAAUACAUGUAUUACCUGUUUUUGUGGUGGGGUGUUUUAAAUAUUUUGAUAUUUCUGAAGUCAUAAUAGAAAUUUUGAGACACCUGUAGUCUGAUGUGUAACUCCUUACACGGUACUGAAACCCAAGUGUGAUGAAUUUUAUGUGAACAGAGGGCAGACUGGAGGAAGCAGUGAAUGGUUCAAGAAACAAAGGUACAUUUAACAUAAUAUAUUGCAAGUUCCUUUGUCCCUGUUCAUAAGGGGAAAACAUUGGUAAUUGCUGUAAUAGAAUGCCAUCUUAACACUUCUGAUAGAGUUAAAAAUGCUUUAGUUCCGUAUAAUGUUUACACAGUUUUAAACUUUUGAUUUAUUAUGAAUUUUUAGUUUUAAAAUUACUAAUGAUGUAACGGUUCUUAACAUAGAUAUGUCCCAAAAGAUGUAUACACCUUAUAAUACAAAAUAUUAACCCUGUCAUUGAUGUGUGUGUUAUGUUUAUGAAGGGCACCUAGUGUGGUCAACAGAUGGCACCACAAUCUUUCCCCCACAAUUCAUAUAUGCAAAAUGGGUCGGGGGAUCAAUCAAGUAUUGAGCAAUGCAAAUUCAUUGAAUGUAUAUAUACAUCUUUUUGGGGCAUUCUGUGUUUCCAAAUAAAUUCUGGACCAUUAAUGUGAGAUAUCUCCUGGGCAAUAAGUGCAGUCAUGCUGAAAUUCUUUAUUUGUAUCCUCUGAAGAAAAUCCAUAACACAUGGAACCUUCACUUUCUUUUUGUUCUCAUAUACAUUGGUGCAUAGAAUUUCAGUAUGUUUAAAACUUGUAAGUUCUUCAAAGCUAAACAGAGUGCCCAUUGCAUAAUAAUCUUUGUAUGUCCCAAGGAGAUUAGUCACUAGUGAAAACAUAUAUCCUUGCCUUGUGUUGUAAAUAUAGCAGUGCUGAAUUGCAUUUAAAGAAAGCAGACUCGUGAAGAUUGUUUAUAUGCAAGUAUUGUGUUUGGUUCAUUUUACUUAUGCAUAUUGAUUUGUGGACCAAGUAUAGACCACUGCCGCAUGAGAGAGUGACUAUUAUUGUAUUUAUGGUUUUUAUACUUUUUUACUGUACCAGGCAAUAUGCCAGUAUAGCAUUUGUUUGGAGGUUAAAUAAUAUUUCUUUUUAAAAUUAAAUUUAUCUGUGGUAGAGCAAAUAUAAUGAGUUUACUUCAAGUUAUAUUUUUUUGCCUUUAUUGGGAUGUCAUAUUAUGAUAAAGUUUUCAUUUUACAUAUUUUGUGGAAAGCCUUUGUUAAAAGUUCUACACUUGUUACAUUAUUGUUGGUUAUUGAACUGCCUUAAAUUUGUUGCUAAGAUAGGUUGAGGGAAAUUUUGAAGUUGCAGGCAUUAACUCUUUGCCUGCUGCAUUUAACUAGUGUAUGAUGCAGUCAGCUGAAUGUGUCAUGGUAAGAUUCCCUUUUACUCAAUGUAAAUUUCCUGAGAUAUUUAAGAGAAGAUUGGGAAUUGCAAAAUGGUACAUGUUUGGAACUGGAAGAGGUUAAGUAUAGCUUGAAGUUCAUUUUUUAGUUUUGCUAUUAUUUGCCACCUUUAUUUUUAAUGAUGUAAAUAUAAAUAUUACAAGAAUAUGUUGGUAUCCCAUCUCAUCUCAACUUGAAAUAAGGACAUCAGUGCAGAAGGCUGUAUUAUAGUGUAAACAGACCAGUAAUAUAACAUUUGACAUGAAAAUUUCAAUGAAAUUCCUCACGUAUACAUUCCAUUUGUUUCAUAAUUGUCUUUGGUUUAAUUUGUUUUCAGAUUAUAUGUGGAUUGUUGUAAAA